GAAUCGUGUACAGAAGUAACAAACCAGCUUCCUUACUCUUGUUUAGAUAGCACAUUAGGUUAAGAAAGUAUUAAUAUUCCAAGGACUUAUAAUAAAAGAGGGUAAAGAUAUAAAACAUUGCUGGCCGCCAUGAGCAGCAAAGAAGAUUUCGAUCCAAAAGACCACCAGCACCUCCGGUACAACCCUCUGAGGGAUAGCUGGGUUCUAGUGUCAGCUCACCGUAUGAAGAGACCCUGGGCAGGUCAGAUCGAAAAACCUCCUGAGGAACACAUACCCAGAUUUGACCCUCACAACCCACUUUGUCCUGGGAACACACGUGCUAAUGGAGAGGUAAAUCCAGACUAUGACAGCACUUUUGUUUUUCAAAAUGACUUCCCUGCUCUUCAGCCCAAUGCUCCAGAUCCUGAUCCAGAUCAACACCCAUUGUUCCAGUCUAAAGCUGCUAGAGGCAUCUGUAAGGUCAUGUGCUUCCAUCCAUGGUCUGAUGUCACCCUCCCUCUAAUGAAGAAAGAAGAGGUUGUCAAGGUGAUCGACAAGUGGGCGGAGCUUGUUGAAGAACUAGGCGCCACUUACCCCUGGGUCCAGAUCUUUGAGAAUAAAGGAGCGAUGAUGGGAUGUUCGAAUCCACAUCCCCAUUGUCAAGUUUGGGCGAGCAACUUCCUGCCUAAUGAGCCGGCUCUGUCUGACCGCAGUCAGAGAUCGUACUAUCAGAAACAUGGAGAACCACUGUUGCUGCAGUACGCCAAACAAGAGGCUGAGAAAAAGGAGCGUGUGGUGGUGGAGAGUUCUUAUUGGUUGGCGGUGGUACCGUACUGGGCAACUUGGCCGUACCAGACUCUGCUGUUACCACGACGACAUGUCCUCAGAAUCAGUGACCUGGCCAAAGAGGAGAGAGAGGAUUUGGCUGACAUUAUGAAGCGACUACUGACCAAAUAUGACAAUCUGUUUGAAGUCUCCUUUCCCUACUCCAUGGGCUGGCAUGGAGCCCCAACUGGCCCCCAUUUAAACCAAGACAACUCCCAUUGGCAACUGCACGCUCAUUACUACCCGCCUCUGCUGCGCUCAGCUACAGUUAAGAAGUUUAUGGUGGGUUAUGAGAUGCUCGCCCAGGAGCAGCGAGAUCUCACCCCUGAACAGGCUGCAGAAAAGUUAAGGAACCUACCACAAGAGCACUACAAAAACAGAGAAAACAAGGAAAAAUGAGGAGAAAAAGAAAGAAAUGGUACAAAGAAAAAAUUUAAAUCAACCUGUGUGAUCACUGGAGAAAGGAAAGAACAUGAGCAGUUGCAUUUAAGCUAUAAGUACUUUGGUAUUUGAAAAUACUGAGAAAAUAAAAUAAGUUUCAUAUUAA